AUGGCCCCCCGCCCACGCCGCCAACAACAAGAAGAAACAGAAACAGAAGCAGAAACAGAACAAUUCACCUACGAACCCCCCCUAACAACCCUCACCAGCACCGGCCACCGCGCGCUCCUCCAACUCCUCAAAUCGCAACCCCUCCGACACCUAAAAACACACCUCCAGCACGCCGAGGAAAAACUCACCGACGCAGCCGGCGAAGUCAAUGAGCGGUUGACGGACGCGCACGUGCGGUAUCAGCGGUUGAAGGAUAGGAGGGGGAGUAGUACGCGUGAUGAGGUGGGUGAUGGGGAGGAUGCUGCUGCUGCUGCUGCUGCUACCGCGGCGGCGGUAGAAGGCGGGGGGAAUGAGGAUGAGGAUAGGGAGAAAGCGCGGAUUACAAAGUUGGAGGAUGAUGUUAGGGAUGUUACGGGGCGAUUGGAGGCGCAGAUGAGGGAGACGAUUGAUGCGGAGGCGUUGGUUGAUGGGUUGGGGGUUGUGUUGGGGAGGUUUGAGGAUGAGGCGGAGAGGGAGAGUGUUGCUGCGCCUGUUUCUGCUUCUACGAGGGGGAGUCGGAGGACGAGGAGGGCUGUCGCUGAGGGGCAGGAAGAAGAAGAAGAAGAAGACGAGGAAGAGGAGGAGGAGGAGCAAGAAGAGCAGCGGGACUUCGUCCCCACGAGUCAGAAGCUGGCGGAUGAGUUAGAGGGGGAUCAUACCAAGUGGGAUGAGCUAUCUCUAACAGAGCGAUACUCAACAAACAACGCCUACGUAGGCUUCUACCGCAUCAUCCACGAAGCCAAACACCCCGGCAACGACAUCCCACCCCUCCCAUCAUCCUCAACCUGGUUCACGCACCUCGAAUCACCCUCCCAAUCCCACCCCCAGUCCCACCAACAAACCUCCUCCCAAUCCCAACCCAUUCGCCCCCGCCCCCGCUCCCCCUCCCCCGCCUCCCCCACCACCUCAGACGACAUAGCAAUCUCCAGCGAAAUCAUCUCCCUGAAAUGCCCACUCACACUCCUCCCCUUCCAAAACCCGGUAUCCAGCACAAAAUGCCCGCACAGUUUCGAGCGCGAAGCGAUCGAGUCCAUGCUCUCCCAGAGCCAGACGACCGUUGCCGUCUCCACGCCAGCUCAAUCCGCAUCUAGUGCGGCGUCGAAGGGAAGUCGGAGGGGCAGGCGUGCUCGCGCGGUCAAGUGUCCUGUUUGCGAGGAGUUGUUGACGUGGGAUGAUUUUCGGGCUGAUGCUGUGCUUGUUAGACGGGUUAGGAGGGCGGAGGCUGCGAGGAGGAGGGAGGAGGAGGGGGAUAGUGAGGAGGAGUUUGUUGUUGGUGGUGGGGGUUCGAGAAAGAGGUCGAGGAGGAGUGAGAUUACUGUUGGGAGUGAUGAUGAGGAUGAGGAGGAGGAACAGAAACAGGAGGAGGAACAGCAGGUGGUAAGGAUUAAGCAGGAGAAGUUCAUGUCGCAGGGGUAG